UAGAGAAGUUAGUGUCGAGACUUGGCCUGAUGAGCGUGGUGGCCGGUUACGGUCCGGGAGGUGGUUUCGAGCACGUCGUCAUCGUCGUCGUUGUCGUCGCUUUUUCGGGACGGCAAGCUACCGUGGCUUUUUUCAUCGCUUUACCACCGUUCGCAAGGGAGAAAAAUAAAACUGGUAACAAGACGUAUAACGUCAUCGGAUUCCUGGAGUAUUUGGAAACAGAGAUAAAGGAGGACCUUCGCAAGCAUGGUUAGCGCAACCGAACCUCCAGCCACGGAGUUGGAAACUUUCCUUCCUCAGGAUGGUUCAGCAAUAAAAGAUGGAGCCUUGACCGGCAAGUAUAAAGUGCAAGUGGUCCCAGCGCGAGAUGUCGAAGCCACCGGACAGACUGGCGACAAAGGAUUCGACCCGUUCAAAGAACGCGACAACCCGAAUCCCACGACCAACUGCGACACGCUCACGCAUUUACUGAAGGCAUGUCUUGGCACCGGAAUGUUGAGCAUGCCGUUCGCGUUCAAAAGCGCAGGACUCGUACUCGGCAUAUUUUUAACAAUAUUCGUCGGUUUCAUUUGCACGUAUUGCGCGUACGUGUACAUCGAAUGUGCCCACAAGUUGUAUCACAGGACUCGAAAAUCCACCAUGUCCUUCCCAGAGGUCGCCCAAUGCGCGUUCACCAACGGUCCACCAUGGGCGAGACCCUACGCCAAGACAGUAAGGGUGAUAAUCGACCUGAGUUUGUUCGUGUCCUAUUUCGGCACGUGCACCGUUUACUCGGUGAUCAUCGCCCAGAACAUAAACCAAGUUAUAGCGGUACACAUGGGUGAGGGACUUCCGGAGCGUGGGAUGAUAGCAAUAUUGCUAGUACCGUUCGUCCUACUUAGUUGGGUACCAAACCUCAAGUACCUAGCGCCGGUUUCCAUGGUGGCGAACGCCUUCAUGGUGGUGGGUCUCGGGAUAACGUUCUAUUACUUCGUCAUGAACAUGCACCCGCCAUCGGAGGUACAUAUGGUUACGGAGACGGUAUCGACUCUACCGGCGUUCUUCAGUAUCUCCAUAUUCGCGAUAGAAGCUAUAGGUGUUGUAAUGCCGCUUGAGAACAACAUGAAAACGCCCCAGCAAUUCAUCGGUAUUUGCGGAGUUAUGAACCAGGGAAUGUCAGCCGUAACUCUGAUAUACAUUGUGAUCGGUUUUAUGGGGUAUGCAGCGUACAGAGACGAAACCAAGGAAAACAUCAUAACGAAUUUGAAUCCAGAGGACAUCCUUGCUCAAGUUGUCAAAGUUCUGAUCGCCCUCGCGGUUUACUGCACAUUCGGACUGCAGUUCUACGUGUGCUUGGAAAUCGCGUGGAACAAUAUAAAGGAACGCUUCCUUAAGAAGCCGCAAAUCGCAAACUACCUUCUUCGCACAGGAUUAGCAAUGGCUGCUGUAUUAGUGGCCGUCGCAGUACCGAAGAUAAUGCCGUUUGUCGGACUGAUCGGCGCCCUGUGUUUCUCCAUACUGGGGCUUAUCAUGCCACCAAUCGUCGAACUGAUUGUUCGAUGGGACGAAGGAUUUGGCCGAGGGUAUUGGUUGAUUGUUAAAACUAUCCUCGUGGCUUCUUUUGGUCUGGUGGUUUUACUCUUUGGGACUUACACUGCCAUACUAGACAUCUUCAAGUAAAUCAUAUCCGUAUAAUUGUUUAAUUGAAUUAUGCGACGACGCCUUGCCUCGAAUUACACUUUGUUAACUGUUCAUAAUUUUGCUACGAAUAUGUCACACGUGCUUUUCAUAACAGUUCGUAAAAUUUAUUUUCUACUAUCGCGAUUUUUCAAGCUCUUUCACACUGUGCACACUUGCUUGUCGGCGGUAAACGAAUCGUUGAGUGAAAUCGUAACAUUUUUUUUUUUUUGUCAUCUAUUAUGCAAACAUGAAAUUGGGGCGGAAAAAGAUUAAUAUUUAAUAUCAAUUAUUCGUCAACAAACUCUACCGUUAAAUGUAAACGCGCAAUUAAUGAGAAUUUCAAGCUCUUUUUUCAAAUCCUAUUGAAAAACAAAAAACAAUUAUUCUUAGAUAAAUUUAUCUAAGACAGCCCCCAUAUUUGUCUCAUCAUCUACAGACCAUCGCAUCAUCAUUACAAUCACAUCAAAGUCGAAGGAAUAGAUUACCCAUAGGAAAAAAUUUUUGUAUAUCAUAAUAAUGAAAUAUAGUAUUUUUUUCACCCGUGAUAGGUACUAGGACUGUUCGAUCAUACACGAUCUGUUAUGCGAAUAAUUCUAAAUGAAUCAUUAGAUUAGAGAUUUCAUCUAUUUUUGUAUUAGGAAGUUGAGUAAAUAAAUUAUUAUCAUUAGGCGAAAAACAGGGGAUAAAAAUUAAAUAGAAGAUAAAUCAUUGACAAUUAGAUGAAUAAUAUUGUCGGUACUAAUGCGAGGUUGUGCAAGGAAAAUAGAAGAGACAAUCCUAAGACUCAAGAGUUUUUGUACGAACUUCAUUCAAGCAGUUAUUUUUUAAAUUAUCAAGAUACGAUCUUCUACAAUCGAGUUCGCAGAACGCGAACGGUGAUUUAGUAUAAAAAUUGCAAUAUUGUUAGAUAAUAAACAAGCAAUUGUGCUUUGUUUAGUUUCUAGUUGUUUCUGAAUGAAUUAAGGUCAAAAUCGUCUUGAUAUUUUACCGAGGAGGUAGGGGGGGGAGAAAAUGUGAAAAUACCUUUAUGGAUUAGAAAGUAUAAUAAGAUUAUUGAAGCGUUUGUUAUUUUUUAAAAAAAGAAGAAAGUAGAAAAAACCAAUAAAUAAAUUUCUCGCGUUAGCAAUACAUGGAAUUUUUAUAAAUUAUAAAGAUUUGAAUUGAUUCAAUACCAAGUCAUAUUUUUGGUGUGUCUUUAUUUCUAAAAUAAUCCCUAUACGUUAGAAGUCUAUUACUGUUAUUUCUGCAUCAUAGUUUGAUAAUUAUUUAUAACUUAUAUGAAACAACUGUUUAGUCUUCUAACAAAUCCGGAUUACAAAAUUGAAUGAAGAUCUAUUUCUUCUUUAAAUAGAAAACUAUAUGUAUGAAGAUGUUACAACUAAGAAUGUUUUACGAUAUUUGAAUAGUUGAUACUCGAAGAAACGACCGGUACAACUAAUUGUAACCGAUUCAAAGUAUAUGUAAGCUGAGCAAUUUUUUUUUCAAUAAAACAAAAAAAAAGGACCUGUUUUGAAUAA